GCGGCGGCCAAGGCCGAGGCUGAAGCGGCGGAGGCUGUGGUGAAGGCGGCGGCGCCUCAACCGGGGACGGUGCUCCGCUGGGCCCCCUUUCAGGCUCCAUGGAGGCGGCAGCAGGCGGGGGCUGCGGCUCUGGACCGCCGCUGCUGCUGAGCGAGGGCGAGCAGCAGUGCUACUCUGAGCUCUUCGCGCGCUGCGCCGGCGCCGCAGGCGGGGGCCCCGUGUCCGGGCCCCCUGAGGCCGCCAGGGCCGCCCCCGGCGCGGCCACCGCAGCCUCGGGCCCCGUGGCCGACCUGUUCCGGGCGUCGCAGCUGCCCGCCGAGACGCUGCACCAGAUCACAGAACUCUGUGGUGCCAAGCGGGUUGGUUAUUUUGGUCCAACACAGUUUUACGUUGCCCUGAAAUUAAUUGCUGCAGCACAGUCUGGCCUCCCCGUGCGGAUAGAGAGUAUUAAAUGUGAACUGCCGCUGCCUCGCUUUAUGAUGUCAAAAACUGAUGCUGAGAUCCGGUUUGGGAACAUGGCUGAGCUGCAUGGAACUAAAGUUCAGAUUCCAUAUUUAAUCACAGAAAAAAAUACCUUCAAAAGAAUGGAUGAUGAGGAUAAACAGCAGGAAACGCAGUCUCCCACGAUGUCACCCCUCGCCUCCCCUCCUUCUUCCCCGCCUCAUUACCAGAGGGUGCCCUUGAGCCAUGGCUACAGCAAACUGCGGAGCAGCACGGAGCAGAUGCAUCCAGCUCCUUAUGAAGCUAGACAGCCCCUUGUCCAGCCUGAGGGACCCUCGUUGGGGGGCCCAGGAGCCAAACCCCUUCGGCAUCAGGCUUCCCUUAUCCGGUCCUUUUCAGUGGAGAGAGAACUGCAGGAUAACAACAGUAGUUACCCAGACGAACCCUGGAGGAUAACGGAAGAGCAGCGAGAGUAUUAUGUCAACCAGUUCCGGUCCCUUCAGCCUGAUCCGAGUUCCUUCAUUUCAGGUUCUGUGGCCAAGAACUUCUUCACCAAAUCAAAGCUUUCCAUUCCAGAACUCUCCUAUAUAUGGGAACUGAGCGAUGCUGACUGCGAUGGAGCCCUGAGCCUGCCAGAGUUCUGUGCUGCGUUUCAUCUCAUUGUGGCCCGGAAGAACGGCUACCCACUGCCUGAGGGCCUGCCUCCAACUCUGCAGCCGGAGUACCUGCAAGCAGCCUUUCCUAAGCCCAAGUGGGAGUGUGCGUUAUUUGAUUCUUAUUCUGAGUCAGUGCCAGCAAACCAACAACCCCGUGACUUGAAUCGGAUGGAGAAGCUAUCUAUUAAAGACGUGGCCGACUUUCCUGUCCCUACCCAAGAUGUGACUGGUGAUGACAAACAAGCUUUGAAGAGUGCUACGGAUGAAGCCUUACCAAAGGAUAUGUCCGAGGAUUCAGCCACUCCUAAGGAUUCCAACAGUCUCAAAGCAAGACCAAGAUCCAGAUCCUACUCUAGCACCUCCAUAGAAGAGGCCAUGAAGAGGGGCGAGGACCCUCCCACCCCGCCACCGCGGCCACAGAAAACCCAUUCCAGAGCCUCCUCCUUGGAUCUGAAUAAAGUCUUCCAGCCCAGUGUGCCAGCUUCUAAGUCAGGAUUGUUACCUCCACCACCUGCGCUUCCUCCGAGACCUUGUCCAUCGCAGUCUGAACAAGGAUCUGAGGCCGAGUUACACCCUCAGCUGAACAGAGCCCCCUCCCAAGCUGCGGAAAGUAGUCCAACAAAGAAGGACAUACCGUAUUCUCAGCCCCCAUCAAAGCCCAUCCGUAGAAAAUUCCGACCUGAAAAUCAAGCUACAGAAAAUCAAGAGCCUACUACUGCUGUAGGCGGGCCAGCUUCUGUAGCAACCGUGAAACCCCAUCCAACAGUCCAAAAACAGUCUUCCAAACAGAAGAAGGCUAUUCAAACUGCUAUCCGCAAAAAUAAAGAGGCAAAUGCAGUGCUGGCCCGGUUGAACAGUGAACUCCAGCAGCAGCUCAAGGAGGUUCAUCAAGAACGGAUUGCAUUGGAAAACCAACUGGAACAACUUCGUCCAGUCACUGUGUUGUGACCCCCAAGAUUCAAGUAACAGUGGGUGACCUUUCCUGCCAAGAUCUUUCCUUUGAAUGUUUCAACGCAACUACGUGUCAUAGAUGUCUGAGACUGUGUCAAAAGCUCUUGGCGGCGGAAUAUAAUCCAUAUCACCUUUUCUCUUGUGCUUCACGUGUACGUUUUACUGUGGUGGAAAAAAUACAACUGAUUAUCACACUUGAAAUUGUAACUAUCAGUGGAAUUUACCUCCCAUUCUUAAGUACUUCCUCAAGGUGUUAGAUGUUGCUCCUUACCCAAAACCAAUCUUCUAGCAAAUAAAAACAAUUUAGAGCAUUACUUAUUUAAAGAAUUUAUGACUUGUACAAAACCUUGUAAUCCUUGUAAUCCAGUACCUUCAGGUUUUAUUUUCGUAUGUAUAUCAUAUACAGUAGAUUGGUUUCCUGAAUAAUUGUGAUUCCAACUGGAUAGUCUUUGGCAUGAUGAUAAUAAAAACAAAAAGUAGAAGAAAACAAAAGCAUUAGCUUUAGACUGGCGCUGUGCCCUCCACCACUAUAUGCCAAAAAUUGCUUCUCUAGUGCCAUCUUGAUAUUAUA